AUGCGCAACACUGCCAUCCUUUCAGUGGAUAUCCAGUUAAGUGAUAGUAAAAGUGUUGAAAAUGGGACUGUCUGGUUUCUGCAAUUCACUGGUCGAUUCAAUAAUAUUACAAAACUCACCAACUUAUCUGUAACUUGUGUAAGAACUGGCUUGGAAAAACCUUCAAUUAAAGUUAUACCAUCUCAAUUAUCACUGGUUGCAUCCAGUGAUUGCCCUGAUCGGGAUGAAGUUUAUCUUCAAACUCUGGUUCAAAUGAUGAACGGUACCGGAUUGGAAUGCGAAAGACAGUCAAUAAUAUUCUAUCUCAGUCCACAGAUACAGUCAAUUGACGUAUUUAAUAAAACGGGGAAUACAGAUGAUAUAACAUUGAAAACUGCUUUAAAUCCAGUAUCCAAGUCGGUUCAGUUCACAACUGGUCAUUUAUACUUUGGUAAAAGCUACACAGCUAUCUUCCGAUUGAAAUUCAAAUCGUCUCGGACAUCUGUUGAAAAAUACCCAGUUCUAAUCGAAGUUGUAUGUAAACCGUAUGAACGCAAUAUUUCUGUCUUUAGUGGCUGUGUAAGAUCAAAAUUUUACAAAUUUAGAUCUCAUAUACAUGUAGAACUUGACUACCAUACAUACUCAUAUCCAUGUGAUUUGCCUCAUUACAAGGCAUUGCGGAAUCCUGCUGUGCCGUUGCCUAGUCGUCAGUCAGAUACAUUCUUAAAUGUUCGUGAUCGUCUGUUUUACUGUGGACGUGCAUUUAAUAUGAAGGGGUCAUUUGAUUUGGAGAAACGUUGCUUUAUGAUUAGCAAAUUACCUGACAGAAUAUGGAUCGACAUGGGACCAUUUGUUGAACAGAUUAUAGCGUACACAAAUCCACUUGGCAUAUUGUUCGGUUUGGGAGCAAAUGGUGGAGGUGUAAUGAUGAGUAAGAACUUUGGAAAAACAUGGAUUUCAAUCAACUCAUUCAUGUAUCAAAACACUUUGAAUACGUCAACUGAAAUCAUUACAGCAAGUGUCGUACCAUGGAUUUCAUCAACUGGAUCAAUUGACAAUACACUGUUUGAGUCAUUUUGCAAGAUGCGAGUGGCUGAACAAUGGAAUGUUUGCAUCAACCAAAUCUAUGCCAACCAAAUGUUGUUAGCUAAUUGGACUUACACAUGUCCGAAAAUCAAGCUGUUUUAA